UCCAAGCAAGGGCCCCGUUCACCCAGUCGUCUGUUUCAAUCUGUACCAUAUUCAAUAUGAAGUUCUUCUUGGUCGUCACCGUGUUUGUGCUCAGUUUGCUGGCUAUUGCCAACGCCGCUCCUUUGCCUGAUCCCAAUAGAAUACAAAUAGGACGUGACUGCAAAUACUGCAAUUUUUUUAAUUCAGGAGGCCCUGGUGAAGAACUCUAUUACGAUGAUGAAUGAAAUUAUAAUAUAAAUAAUACUACAGAAAUUAAUAGAAUUUAUGGAAUAUAUAUUAAUUUUCUAUUUCCAUAUACAUUUAAUUUACAGUGUUUUAAAUGUCCUGGAUCAACAAACCAAAUGUUGAUUUAAUCACCCCCUUGAAUGAAUUUAAAUAAAAAUGAAUUUAAAUAAAAACAAACCAAUAUAUAAGUGCUAUGAA